GGGGCGUUUCGGUGAAUCAGGAAACAAACCGCCGCUGCGAAUCUCAACGAAGCUUUCAUCAUGGCUUACCAGGCGGGGAUUCCAGAUGAGCCCAGGGCUUUGGUCCAAAACAUCAGCUCCAACAUCCAGAGGAUCACGCUGCUGACCUCUGAGAUGCAAAAAGCCGUCUCUCUGCUGGGAACUGCGCAAGACAGCAGCCUUCUCAGACAGACGCUUCAACAGAAACAGCAGCAAGGCAACCAGCUGGCGAAGGAGACCGACAGGCUGAUGAAGUCCUUCACUGCUUUGCCCAUCGGCCCUGAUCAGCGACAGAGAAAGCUACAGAAAGAGCGUCUGCUGAACGACUUCAGCGCCGCUCUGAACAGCUUCCAGAAGACGCAGCGGCAGGCGGCUGACAGAGAGAGGGACUUUGUGGCCCGAGUCCGGGCCAGCUCCAGGGUGUCGGUGGGAGGUCAGUCUGAAGAUGGUUUUGGAACGGCACCUCCGAGUUACGCUCAAGUGCAGGCUGAGGCCGAGGCGUUCACUGAAGAGGACCUGAGGCUGAUCCAGGAGAGGGAAUCAGCCAUCAGGCAGCUGGAGUCUGAUAUCACGGACAUUAAUGACAUCUUCAAGGACCUGGGCAUGAUGGUUCAUGAGCAGGGGGACAUGAUAGACAGUAUAGAAGCCAACGUGGAGAGUGCGGACGCCUGCGUUCAGAGUGCCUCACAGCAGCUAAACCAAGCUGCGAGCUACCAGAAGAGCUACAGGAAGAAGAUCUGUGUUCUGGUGAUUGUGUCGACCGUAGCUGUCGUUGUAAUCGCACUUAUCAUUUGGGGUGUCACCAAACAGUGAGGACUUCCUGUUAGCCUCGGAGAAGCACAGAGUGUCAUUCCUCUUCCCCUCCAUCGUCACAUUUACAUCAAGUUUGUCUCCUUUCAUGAUUCAAUUGUGUUUUUGAAGACUGUCUCGUCCUCGUUGACUUUACCACACACUCCUUUUUACUGUGAAGCAAAACCCACACUGGUAGCUCUCGUUGUACGUAGCUUUAACUGAACCGCUGGUCUGAUCUGGGCGUGGAUUACUUUAAGGCGAGCCAUUUUGUUCAUUUAUCUUGUUAAUUAAGGAGUGAGCUCAGGUGGAGUGUGUCUGAGGUCACUGGUGGGAUUCAUCGCCUGCUGCCUCCAGUAACUUCCAGUGUUUCUCUAUUGAGUUAAACAUUACGGACAAAUGGUUUCAGGAACAAUCGAGCAGCAAGCGUGC